UUCUGGAUGGUUGAGGGUUGAUUGUGGGAGGUGCUAUUCUUGAAGAAGGAUGUCACUUAAGGCGAUGCCCCUGCUCUUCCUCAACAUGGGAGGAGAGAUGAUAUACAUACUGGACCAGCGACUGAAAGCUCAAGACAUUCAUCAGGGAAAAGCCGAGAAAGUGCUGGACGACAUCCUGGGCCUGAUGUACACGGGCCGGUUUGUGGAGGAGCUGUUCCGGCCGCAGCCGCUGUACUCGGCGCAGGGCCUGCGCACCAUCUUCUACCGGCUGGCGCACAGCUCCAUCAUGCGGCUGAACAAGUCCAGCAUGGACAAGCUGUACGACCUGAUGGUGAUGGUGUUCAAGUACCAGGUGGAGCAGUGCGCCUCGCCGCAGCAGCUGCUGCUGGUCACGCUCAACCACCUGGACCGCAUGGCGGAGUACGCCACGGCACCGCGCGUGCAGCGCCAGGUCGACGCCGCCUACCACCUGCUGGUUCAGUGCUACGGUAAUCUGUCGGCCGGAGAGAUGCAAGACAUUCGGUACGAGAUCCUCAACUUCUUUCUGGACUACCGUGUCAAGGUCUCCAUUUUCCUCAAGGACAAACGGCAAAACCCGAACGGCAACUUCGUUAUCGACAUUUCCGGCCCUCUGCCUGAAGGUGUGCCCAUGCCGGGGGAGAUCCGCUACUUCGACGAGCGGGGCGAGAUCUGCGACGCCGGCAGUUUCCCGCUCAAGGACGCGCUCAGCGCACCGCUCAAGCCGGCCUCGCUCGCCAAAAACGCCGACCGCGGCACGGAGCUCGGAACCAAUAUAUACAGCUGUGAAGAGGGGGAGGCAGCACCGUCCGGGUCGCGGCCGUCGACCGUCACGCCGCCGGGCCCCGAGCACGGCCCGCCGGCGGCGCGCGCCUCCCAGGCGCUCGACCUGCUGGCGCAGCUGAUCGGCCAGACGGCCGCCAAGGAGUGCGAGAUCCGGCUGAGCCUGCCGGGCCCGGCCGCCACUGCCGCGCGACUGACGGAGCCGACCGAGGACGGCGGCGCGCCGGUGGUGGGCACGCGCCAGCACUGCCGACACCUGGAGCGGGUCAUGCAGGACAUGACGGUGGAUGUGUCGGCCGGCGACCAGCCGGACCUGCUGCACAUGAUGGACGCCACCGCCGAGUGA